AUGGAUCACGCACAAACAAAAGAGGUCUCUCCGGCCGCAACCACCGACACGCACUCCCAAACCCACGACCACACAGACCGCGACGACUACACCCGCGCGCGCAAGACAAAAUUCCGCUUCAAAUCCUCCUCCUCCAAAUCCCGCUCUUCACGCAACGACACAGAUACGCAUCGUCAUCGCCAUCGCAAACGAACCCACCAUGACCGCUCCCACCGCUCUAAACGCCACAAACACACCACCACCACUCCACCCCCAGACGACAACGACAACCCCCGCGGCCUCUCUCCCAACACCGCCUUCCGCGAAUCCCUCUUCGAUGCCCUCGGCGACGACGAAGGCGCCGCAUACUGGGAAUCUGUCUACGGCCAGCCCAUCCACAACUACGCCGUGCCGGACCUCCCCAAGGGCCCGAAUGGGGAACUCGAGUCCAUGACUGAAGAUGAAUACGCGGCGUACGUGCGGACAAGGAUGUGGGAGCGCACGAGGGAGGGGAUGGUUGAGAUGCAGGAGCAGUUACAGCGGGAGAGACGGGAGAAAGCUAAAAGAGAAAGGGAGAGGGAGAGGGAUGUUGAGGGGGAGAGGGAGAGGAGGGCGUUUGAGAGGGCUAUGGAGGAGAGUCUUGCGAGGGGGAGGGAGAGGAAGAAGGGGAGGGUUUGGAGGGGUGUUGGAGAGGAAUAUUUACAGUCGUGGAAAAGGGUUGAUUCGCUUCGGGAGGGGAAGCAUGAGAUAACUGGUGGGGGGAAGGAUUUGGGGGAGUUGGUGUUUUGGCCUGUUGAGUCUGGAAAGAGGAGGGAUGUAUCGAGGGAGGCGGUUGAGGAGUUUAUGAAGUUUGCGCUUGUGCCGGCUUCUGCUGCGUCUACGGAGAAGGAUGGUGAUGCGUUUAUUUCUAUGCUCAAGGCGGAGCGUGUGAGGUGGCAUCCAGAUAAGAUUCAGCAUCGGUAUGGUGCGUUGGGGAUUGAUGAGGAUAUUAUGCGGAGUGUCACCGAGGUUUUUCAGAUUAUUGAUCACAUGUGGAAUGAGUUGAAGGAGCGGGCUUGA